GCGGUCGUCGCCAUGACCGACGCGUUAGGCUGCGACCGUAGGGCUUGAAGCGGGGAAAGCGCGUGGGCCCUUUCCGAAUUCGCUCUCGAGAGCCGCCACGAUGCCGAAAGCCAAGCAGAAGCAGCGUAGGAAGAAGUAUAAUUAUAACGUCGACCGCAAAAAACUGAACCGGGCUUUCCGCAAACGGUCGGCGCCUCGAAUUAAAUGUGCUCAAAUCCGACAUGCCUGGGAUAACACCAAAUCAGCUUCUAUGAAUUUGGCAGAAAUGGGCCUGGCUGUUGAUCCGAACAAGGCAAUUCCCAUUCCAAAGGAUACAAAAAUGGAACUUGAUGGACAAGAGGCAGGGACAACAACUGUUAGGAAGCCAUAUGUAAUAAAUGAAUUAGAAUAUGAAGCCAGCUUUCCAGAGGAAAAAUCUGAGACCCUCUCCAGAGAUCUUAUUGACUACGUCAAACACAUGAUUCAGAAUCAUGGUGAAAAUUAUAAGGCUAUGGCGCGUGAUGAGAAGAACUAUUACCAGGACACACCAAAACAAAUAAAGAGGAAGAUCAAUGUGUAUAAACGCUUCUAUCCCGAGGAGUACCAAGUAUUCAUUGCAUCAUUACGACCAGAAAAAAUGGAGCAAUAAUUAUGAGGAGGAAAAGAUGCUGAAGCAUUAUUUCAUCUGCUAGCAUGGAUUUAAGUGACUGAGAUUGAAAAAACUGAUACUUGAAUUACAUAAAAUAUUGCCUUCUAAAGAGAGAUAAGAAAAAUACAGGUGGAACUUUGAUUCUCCAAAGUUUUGCAGAAAUUUUAAAUCGGCUUUCAGAUUUAUUUACUGAAGAUUCUUCAAGGCAAAAUAACUCUUAGUGACAAAAAUAUUUUUGUCCUGUAGAGACCUUGGUUGACGUAUGACUUCUCUAAACCUAGUGUCAAUACACACACACACAACACACACACAAAAGCAGAGGUUAAUUGUACAUCAGCUUGUCCACUUCUUGAGCAUUUUGGAAAGACAGCACAAUAAUAGUAGCUUCAAAUAGUAGUUUCCUUUCUCAGAAAUAAGAUGUGGAUAUCAAGAUUAAAGGCUCAAAACUAGUAACUUGGGCCAGAAAGAGCUAUCUCCUCUCUCCAAUGAAAGGGUGUCCCAGAGAAAUCUCAAUAAGCAUGGUCCAUAUUUAUGGGAGGGAAGAAGUCACUGCUGAUGGCAAUGUUGGAAUGAGGGUUCCUAAUGUGUGGGACAUUUUGGAUUGUCUGUCAAAGCCUUCUUUCCUUAGCUAUUUUAAAAGUAGAAGCAGCAUUGGUUCUUUUUCUCUGAACGCUGAAAGUGCAGUUGUACAUUGUCGUGCAGCUAAUACAGGAAUUUGCAAUUGAA